AUGUCAGCAAGCGGUGCCUGUACGGUACUGGCGAUUAGGGCAUCUGCUGCCUUACAAGAAGAGGACCCUGACAAUUAUGAGUUCAAAAUGUAUGAUGUUGGGGGGCAUAGGAUAUGCCGAUGCCUCAAGACAUUUGCUAUAAUUGACUCCAGCAGCCAUGAAGGCGCCAUAGUUAAGCCGCCAGGAGAAGAGUGGAAAAGCAAAAACGUCAUCUGUGUAUGGCAGUCUGAUGGGUCCGCCAGCAUGAGAACACAACAUGAAGUAAUCAUUCCUGGUGACCUACUAACGUAUGAAGAGCUUUAUCCGAUCUCCUUCGAAGAGGGGUUGGCUACACGUCUUUAUGAACUCGCCGACAGCGCGAAGAUAGUGACCCUGUUUCGGUUUACGAACAAGUACGGAAAACGCUAUUCCAAAGGCUACAUUAGGUGGUUUAUCGACGAAGACAAUUAUAACGACCCCCCUGCUAGUCGACCCCCACCUCCAAGGAAGUUCCUCGUGCUCUAUAAGGGGAAGGGGGAUAAGACACCUCAGCGAAUCGUAUGGCGGGAGGGUAUCCGUGGAUAUCAGGAUAAGGCCGGAACACCGAACACUAGCAUUGCAAGCUGGUUAGCGGUCGAAAAGUUUGUGAAGCAGUGGGGAGACGAGACACUAUGGACCACCGACGAUUGUAACUUAGUUCAUGAGCAGAUCUGGGUUGCCCUGGUCGAGCAUUAUGGCUUUCCCGUUCUGAAAGAGGGUUAG